CAUAAGCCAGGUGCCGUUCUAUUACGGACAAUGAGACUGAUGAAUAUGUUACAGAACCUCGUCAUCCCCUACGCUCGUCAUCGCAACCACAACAACCACCCCCGCCAUCGGUGCUCGUGCCGUGGCUUCCUCCUCCUCCUCCCUUACACCUGGCAAAUGUCCAACCGUCACCUCAGCGACUGAGAUUCCCCUCUACGCCAAUAUCUGCGGCUUCUGGACGGCGCCUGCAUAUCAAUCAGCUUGCUCAUGCCUGGGCGUGUCCGCCGCGAGCACCAUGACAGCCGCAGGAUCGCCGGCGGUCACGACGACCAUCACCGUCACCGAAACCCCCGCGGUCGUGACAGCCACCGCGACGAAGCAGCAAACGCGGACCUCGACCGUGGUCAGCACGUUCGAGACUGUCGUCGUCGUGACUGCCGAUGUUCCUACCGUGACGGAGACGACGACCGUGCCGACGACCGAGGUCCAGACUCUGACGAGCUUUGCCGCCACAGACACGGUUGUCGAGCCCGUGACCCUCACCACGACGACCACUACCACUGCCAGUACCGCUGCUGCUGCCACGCCCUCUGAUUGCAUCUCCCGACCCCCGGCCUCCACCAUGAGCCCAGGGAGCGGCGGCGGCGGCGGCGGAGGGGGAGGGGGAGGUGGAGGCGGCGUUAGUUGCUGCCGGGAAUUCUUCGUCCGGGUCAAGGCCGGCAGCCCCUUGACAGGUCAAUACCUGAGCAUGCGUGGCACCAGCCUGCUGUACCUGAACCCGGGCACGUCCAUGGCUCCCACCUUCAACAUCCAGAGCUGGAGGCUCAAGAACAUCUUUGGGCCCCAGGCAAUCACGCCAGACACGGGGGUAGAGCUGGGCGCGGUCAUGCUGUCCAGAGACGUGCGGGACUCGACGCACGCGCUGACCUGCGCGCUCGAGGGUACCCAGUCGACCCUGGUGUGUAGUGUGCCCGAGACUGGUGCCUCGCGCUGGUGCUUCUCUGGCAGCAGUAAUGACGUGUUUUCUGGGACGCAGGCCGGUGCCGCUGCCGCUGGCUGUGUCGAGGUCGUGCUCGAGGCGGUUCCGACGUGCUGGGGUCCGAUGUAGGGGAGUGAGGAAAGAAAGAUACUUAUCACAGUGGAGAUUUUAGCCUGGGGCACCUUGGAUUCAUCAAUGUUCGUACAGGGUUGUUGCCGGCCCGGAUGAGUACAAAAGAAGUGCUGUCCAGAUACCUUUCAAGACCAAUACACUUUUUGGGUCGAGGGAGUGCCAAUCCCUCGUAACAUGAACAGGAUAUAUUCAUCCAGCGUUCUUAGGGUAAUGUCGUAGGAGUCAUCGUCCCCUUGUGAGCGACUUUCCCGUAUCAUCGAGUCCUGGAAGCCUCUGCUUGGAGCUGCUCUCCCGCACCCCCACCGCCAUCAUCCUCAUCCUCAACACCAUCAUCGUCAUCUCCCUCCGCAUCCCCCCUGCUGCGGCCGCCUGCUGCUGCUGCUGCUGCUGUCCCUCCCUG